AUGGAGGGUAAGGGUAAUAACCCUCCUCAAAUGAAGAAGCCAUUCAAGAAGGACAUUGCUGCUGUGGCUAUGUCAGAUGCUGCAAAAUCUAAGACACCUUCCUCACCUACUCAGUCUGACUCAGACCUAGCAUGUGCCAUCAUCGAGGAGAUUCUUGAUGAUUUGGAUUUGUCACCAAGUGUGGAAGAUAUUGCCUGCAUCAUGCAUCAGAUCAUGUCCACUAUUCUUGACUCUGGCACCACAUCCACCUUAAUCACUGACCAAGAGUUCUUUUGGACCUUCUCCACUGAUUCCCAUGUGACCAUCAAAACUGCAAAUCACAGUUGUCUUCCAACUUCAGGAUGUGGAGAUUGUAUUGCGGACUUGAGCAUUGGUGUCAGUUAUAUGGUGGAGAAAGGAUGGGCAGUCAACUUCCUACCUGGACCCACUUGCUGUCAGCUCAUCUUUCAGGAGAAGUGCAUUGGGGAAAUCCCCAUGACUGGGAAGUUGGUAUUCUUGGAUCUGCAGUUUGUUCAUCCAACAGCUGCAUCUUCAUCCUUACCGUGUGAACUCUCAGCAUUUGCACAUGUCCCUCUCAUGUGA